CUUCAAACGGUAUAUUCCCUGUAGCUGUACCUGCAAAGCGCAUCAUUUAUACACCUGGUCCACUGUAACUCUAACGGCCCUAAGAGCUCGUACUGGAAAUCUAGCACUUUUGACACAAUGAACGAAGGCGGAGAUUCUGCUCAUGACUUAGCUCAAGUCCGAAAGCUCAUAGAUGGCAUGAACGCAUUAGUAAAAAGCCACAGUAAGCUUCAGCAGCAAAAACAAAGUGGUACACAAGAUAGCCCAACUCAGCCGGGCGCUGCAAACUCAGAGACAACUGCAGUAAGCAACGAUCAAGAAGUGUCAGCGGACAAAGCUAUUGAUCCUCUGCCUGGAAAUACCAUCAUCAUCGAAGUCGCUCACAACAUUUUGAACCGUACACUUUACUUUUCUCUGAUGCCGGAAGCGACGAUAGAGCCUCUUAUUAGUUGGCUGAGAGUUUCAUUUGCAGACCCUGCGAUAUCCGGCAUGGUUUUGCAAUACAAGGGGUUUGACGGCCUGUGGAAGUGUUUACUAAACAGGGAUGAUUCAUUGAAGCGUAUACUGAAGCAAGCUCUGAAAGCUGGUUCCAUGGUGCAAAUGCGAGUUCCACGGGCGCAAGAUUUAUUGAGUGUAAGUAAUAAAAGGAAGCCAUCCAUGAUUGAAGUCCGGCUAUUCCGAUAAGCGGUUACUGGACUUGACUAAAGGAUAGCAUAUAGGUGUUGGAAAGAUGGUCAUUCGAUUUGCGUGUGCAUACGACCGGAUAGCUUAUGACAAGUAGUGGACUAGUUGAAUGUAGAUACUAUGGGAAAAUACCCAUUAUAUUACCAUUGGUUAUAUGGAUAAAUAACUUGACAAAUAGUGUGGCAAAGAAAUAUGCCAAAAUAUAUUAUCUAUAGAGUAGGGUGGGGAAUGUUUGGGCUGUCU